AUGGGUUUUUGGCCUAAAAAUCACGAAUACGCAACAUGUUUGCACGCUCUGCAAGUUUCUCUGUUUUACAGUUUUUGUCAAGGGUGGAUAUUUAUAGGAGCUAUAUUAUACUUGGUUAUAAACUACAAUAAUCCGAGAAUUGAUGUUACCGAUAGUGUUCUUGUAUUAUCUACAGGAUUAUUCUUUGUCUACGGAUUUGUGAACUACUUUGCAAAAGUUAACAAGAUCAUUGAUUUUGUCAAAGAUGUGGAAAAUGUUGAUACAUCUGAAGAACCCGGUGGUCUACAAGCGUUUAAAAGAAAGCAUAACAACAUAGUGAAAUUUUUGACUGGAUACGUCGUUGUUGCUAUCUUGAUCUAUGGCGUAGCAACUUAUUUAGAUGGACAAACUUGUGAAAAACGAAACAGAGAAAGUCAUAAAAGCAAUAUUUGCGGGCUUCUGGUGCCGUUGUUGGCUCCUGUUGAUAUGGACAGUAAUGGAAAAAAUGUUCUUUUUACAUUAGAGGCGUUAUCAUGUUGCAUUAUAUUACUAUCGGCUCUGACAUUAACUUAUUUUUUUGUCGUAUGUUAUGAUACGCUUGUUGUCAGAUUAAAACAUUUGAGACACACUUUAGAAGGCAUUCCUGAAUUAACGAAGAAAAUGCGAACAGAAACAUUGAUACGGUGUAUCAAAUAUCACAUUAAAAUUAUAAGGCUUUUCGAACGUCGCUGGGCCGCGUCAUUAACGAUCAGUCACCCGUCAUUGCCGUCCAUCCUAGAAAGUUCUCGACGGUCCAUAGGCGUCGUACCGGGGUGGCGUAUGGGUUUAGAACAGCAAUUGAAAGGAGCAUUACAUCUUCUAGGUUGGAUAGCUACACUCUAUUUGUUAUGUAACAUUGGACAAAAUUUAAUUAAUGAGAGUACAGCUAUCUCUCAAACCCUGUAUUUCCUGAACUGGUAUGACUAUGAUUCAGAUCAAAACUUCUGUCUAAGAAUGAUAAUGAUGAGAACCCAACAGCCCUUGAGUAUGACGACCGGAAUCUUUUACUAUUUUUCAAUGGAAAUGUUUUCAGCGCUUCUUCCAGUUGGUAGUUUCGACAGUUCCGAGGCGUUACUUUCUGAUAAUGACUUCAUCAGUUCUUCAUUCAUAGCUUCACGUUACUGA